CUCUCUACUUAGGCUUUAUCAAGCGCCUUCCCGCGCGGCAUUCUUGAGUCUCUCUUCUCGUCGGUGGUAGCUGUCUACCUGCUCCUAUCGCUUAACUUGCAGUUCACUGCCAUGUCUUCGGAAGAAGGGAAACUUUUCGUGGGAGGGCUCAAUUUCAACACCGAUGAGCAGGCUCUGGAAGACCACUUCAGCAGCUUCGGUCCUAUUUCUGAAGUGGUCGUUGUCAAAGACCGGGAGACUCAGCGAUCCCGGGGUUUUGGUUUCAUCACCUUCACCAACCCAGAGCAUGCCUCAGAUGCCAUGAGAGCCAUGAAUGGAGAGUCUCUGGAUGGUCGCCAGAUCCGUGUGGAUCACGCGGGCAAGUCGGCCAGGGGAGCUAGAGGGGGUGCCUUUGGGGCCCAUGGGCGUGGUCGCGGCUACUCUAGAGGUGGUGGGGACCACGGCUACGGGAGUGGCAGAUAUGACAGUCGGCCUGGAGGAUAUGGGUAUGGGUAUGGGUAUGGAUAUGGAUAUGGAAGGACCAGAGACUACGGUGGCAGAAGCCAGGGCGGUUAUUAUGACCGCUACUCAGGAGGAAAUUACAGAGACAAUUACGACAACUGAGAUGAGGCAUGUGCACCUAAUGUAGAUACACAAGGAAUAAAACUUCUGAUCCAGGAUCAUCGUUCCAAAUGGCUGUAUUUAGAAAGAUUUUUGGAGUCGCACUGAAAAAUCUGUUUUAGUACAUCAACUUCUCUUUUUGAAUUGAGCUCCCAAGGUACCUUGUUACAAAGACCUUUUAGAAAGUUCAUAUGUCUUUUAAAGUUUUUCUCCCAUUUAAAGACAAAUCUUGGGACACGUGUGGAGUCUCUGGGUAUUUUUCCUUUUACCAGUUUUUUAGCUGGGGCUCUCAGGAUUACUGGUUAUGGCAAAAAAUGUUUGGUCACUUUUUUUUUUUUUUCCAAAUGAUGUGCAUUUAGGGUUGUUUUAAAGGCCUAAUGUGUACAAUGUUUAUCAUGGUUAAGAACCAAUUUCUAAUGCAGCUGCAAUAAUGUGAUUAGAGGUGGUUUUGGGGUUUGUUUGUUUUUUUAAUUUUGUUUUUUAUUCAAGGUCACCACCCUGAUACACAGAAGUUUCUUAGAACUUGUGAAUGUCCUUUUCUUUAAUACUGGAAAAAAAAUAUUCUGUUGUGUUUCACUUAGCAUUUAGGAUGCCCUUCACGGAGCUGAUUAAAAAGUUGAAAUGUGAAAACA